AUGGCAGCCUCAUCAAGCUCGUCUCCCCGCUGCCCAUGGCCGGACCUCCAGCCGGAGUUGUUGGGCGUCGUGCUCUCGCGGCUGCCGUCGCACGCCGACCGCGUCCGCCUCGCCGCCGUCUGCCGCCCAUGGCGCUCCAACGCGCGGCUGCUGCGCCCGCUUCCCCCGCUGCUCCCGUGGCUCGCCCUCUGCGAUGGCACCUUCCUCAGCCUCCCCGACGGCGCCAUCCACCGCCUGCCCGCCGCGGACGACGGCGUCUCCGUCCGGGCCUCCACCGGCAGUAGGCUCUUCCUCGUGCACGGCGACGGCAGGUGCUCGCUGAUGAGCCCUUCCCCCUCGGCGACGACCCCUGUCCCCGAGGCUGCCUCCUGGUUCCAGGGGAAGCCCGUCGUCCGGAAGGUGGUGGCGUCCGAUCACCUCAUCGCCGCUCUGGUGGAGUCAAAAAAUUCCGAGACCGCAAAAGUCAUCAUCUCUACUCGUGGGCAGCCAUGGGACACCACGAGGUGCUCCACGAUGGAGUGGGCGGAGCCUGAAGGCGGCCUCGUCAGCGACAUUGCCAUCUUCAAAGGGAAGAUCUAUGCCCUCCUCACCACAAAAAUGAAGCGAUAUCGUCAACACGAGCUUCGUAUCCUGGACGACGGCCACGAGCAGACAACCAUCCACGGUACCCUACCAGGGCAGGAGGCAUGGUACGAUCCUAACUCGACCGAGUUCCACUUGCAGCAGAACUACCUUGUCGUCUCCGGCGAUCGGCUGCUGAUGGUCGAACAAAGGAUCAGCGAGCCGUGGCCGAGAGACUGGGGAGCUUUGAAGCUGACUCGACACUUCAAGGUAUUGGAAGCAACGGACCUGAGCAGCAGCGGCUGUGCACACUGGACCGAAGUCGAUACAUUGAUGGGGCGUGCGCUCUUCGUCAGCCAAGGGUGCUCCGAGUCCCUCCCUGCCAGUGCCGGAGGUCAGUCUAGCGGCACCGGAGUUGAAGAAGAUUGCAUCUACUUUCUAAACGAGAAGAAAGGAUCUAGUCAGCCUGGUUUGGCCUUUCUUAACUUAAAGCCGGGCAGGCCCUUCGUUUCAAAAAUAAACGGGGGAAAUUGUGAGAAUGCCUUUCAAGACUCUGGGGUGUACAACAUGAGAGACCGGACAGUGAUGCCAUUGCUGUCGGAGACGCUAGUGGCGUCCACAGCCGGCGAAGGCCCAUGGUCUCCAACUUGGCUUUUUCCAGAGCCUUGA